GCCAGUCGCGCGGAGAGCGCGGGGACGGCGGAGCGGCGCGCGUGGAGGGGCUCGGGCGGGCGCCGCGGGACCUCGCCGGGCCAUGGCACCUUCUGUCAAAGGGAAAAGGAAACAGUCAGAGGGGGGUGACCCCCUAGACCCACCUGUGUCCCCUCAACCCGAUGGUGAGCAGAGCAAGAGCCAGAGUCCCAUCCAGCUGGAGGACUCCCCCGAGGCAGGCGGGGAGCGGGAGGAGGAGCAGGAGCGGGAGGAGGAGCAGGCCUUCCUGGUCAGCCUCUACAAGUUCAUGAAGGAGCGACACACGCCCAUCGAGAGGGUGCCCCAUCUCGGCUUCAAGCAGAUUAACCUGUGGAAAAUCUACAAGGCAGUGGAGAAGCUGGGGGCCUAUGAGAUGGUGACUGGCCGCCGCCUCUGGAAGAACGUGUACGACGAGCUGGGGGGCAGCCCAGGCAGCACCAGUGCAGCCACCUGCACGCGCCGCCACUACGAGAGGCUGGUCCUCCCGUACGUGCGGCACCUGAAGGGGGAGGACGACAAGCCUCUGCCCCCGUCCAAGCCCAGGAAGCAAUACAAGAUGGCCAAGGAGACUCGGGGGGAUGACGGGGCCGCUGAGAGGCCAAAGAAGGCCAAGGAGGAGAAGCGGGAGGAUCAGAUGAUGCCAGGCAAGACCAAAACAGAUGCCGUGGACUUGGUGCGGCUUCCCAGCCAGGAACCCCUCAGGGACAGCACAGAACAGCCGGGCUCGGCCUCUGGGCCUUCUCUGCCCUUCGUGGGUACCAGCGGCUGCCCUGAGGCCUACAAGCGUCUCCUGUCCAGUUUCUACUGCAAAGGGACACAUGGCAUCAUGUCACCACUGGCCAAAAAGAAGCUCCUGGCCCAGGUGAGCAAGGCAGAGGCCUUGCAGUGUCAGGAGGAGGGCUGUCGGCAUGGGGCAGGUGGCCCUAACGGGGAGCCCCAGACGUCCCCAGCUCUUUGCCCCCCAGAGAGUCCCCAGAGCCCAGGAGGGCAGGCUGAGAACUCCAGGCACCGACUGACGCCUCAGGAGGAAAUGCAAGCCCCUGGGGGCAGCCUCAGGGAGGAGACUCCGGUGGGUCCCCGCCCGGCAGCCCCCCUCUUCACUGGCUGUUUCCACGCCUACCCCACUGAGGUACUGAAGCCCAUCAGCCAGCACCCCCGGGACUUCUUCCCCAGUCUUAAAGAUGGGCUGCUAUUGGGGCCCUCUGGCAAAGAAGAGGGGCUGCUGGUCAAAGAACCCCAGCUGGUGUGGGGCGGGGAUGCCAACCGCCCCUCUGCAUUCCACAAAGGCGGCUCCAGAAAGGGCAGCCUCUACCCUAAGCCUAAAGCCUGCUGGGUGUCCCCCAUGGCCAAGGUCCCUGCCGAGACCCCCGUGGCCCUACCCACCUUCCCUAGCAGCCCAGGCCUCAGCAACAAGCGCAGCCUCGAGGAAGAGGGCUUUGCCUAUGGUGGCAAAAAACUGCGGGCAGUGUCUCCCUUUCUUAAGGAGGCCGAAGCCAAGGAGUGUGGGGCCAAGUCUGUGGGGCCUGGCUUGGCCGUCUCCUGCCUGCUGGGCCCAGCCCUGGGUCCUGCCCUCCCAGAGGCCUACAGGGGCACCAUGCUGCGCUGCCCACUGAACUUUGCCAGCACCUCCGACCCCUUAAAGGGCCAAGCUACCCUCCCCUUCAGCCCCCUGGUCAUCCCGGCCUUCCCAGCCCACUUCCUGGCCACUACAGCCCCCUCACCCAUGGCCGCUGGUCUGAUGCACUUCCCCCCAGCAUCUUUCGACAGUGCCCUCCGCCACAGACUUUGCCCGGCCUCGUCUGCGUGGCAUGUGCCACCUGCCGCAAGCUAUGCAGCACCCCACCUCUUCCACCUCAACACAAAGCUGUAGGUCAGAGCCCGCAGCGCUGUGCUGUGCUGUGGAGGGUCUGACGUGGCCCAAGAUGGGUAGGCACUGCCAGGGGGCUCUGGGCUGGAGCUCUUCCCCCAGGAGAGCUUGGCUGUGUCUGAUGGAGGCACAUGCCCCUGGCUGGGCAGCCCGGUGCAAAGAGGGAGGCAGUGGGAAGACUGGGUUUGUCUUUCAAGGUAGCAGCCCGAGCCUGGGCACUGGAGGCCCAGUUGUGGCAGGGCCUUGGGAGAAGACGGUGCAGGGCUAGCAGCUCCCAGCAGAAGUCCUCAGAGCAGAGGCUGGGAAUGGGCUGAGGGGCCAAGGAGCUGGAUAGCUUGAGGCAUCCAGGCUGCCCACAGAAAACCCAAUAAAACAGCAAUGUGAAUCCACCCAGUCCUGAGGUGCGCGUGGUGUGGAUCUUCGCAGGGCAGGCGGGGCCGCCAGUGGAGGGGCCAGGGGGGCCAAGGACCCACUCAGAUCUGGAACGCAGCCACCCCACUGAAGAGCAGGACCCAGAGCAAAAUGCAGCUUCCUGCUCAUCUUUCAGCAGGCUGUGACAGUUGUCCUGUGCCUGCCGUCCACUUUCCUAGUCGAGCCUCAGGACAACUGCCUGUUACCUUGCUCAUUGUACAGCCAGGAGCCUGAGACUCAGAGAGGGCCAGUAACUUGCCCAGGUUCCCCAGUUAAGUGGCAGAACUGCACUCUGAGUCCUAGCGAGAAGACCCCCUGCAGCUGCUAGCUGACGGCAUGACCAGGAAGCCUGAAUUGGUCCACCCUCGUGUGGCCGCAGACUUCCAGGGCCUGCUGGUUCCUCCUGGCGAGCCCCCCACCCUGCCCCCACUUGCCUGCCACGCACGCACGAGUGGGUCAGCAGGUCCCCUCUAGGGGCACCGAGAGUGAAAGGGCCAGAAUCUCUGCCUGGGCAUCUGUGUUGUUUCAGAGGUGCCUGCUCCAGGGUGCUCACUCAGAAACUCUGUAGCCUAGCCCUCCCCCACCCCGCUUCCUACAGGCUGUGACUGGGGAGCCAUGCCCCUCCCCUGCUCUGUGCCUGCCUCAGUAGGAGGGGGCCCCAUCAGAGGCAGGCCGCCUGCCUAGUUCACACGUGUUCCUGGAAAGGCAGUGCUGCUAUUGACCUGGGUGGCAGGCAUGGGGCAGGCCCCCAACUUCCUGCCUCGGGUUGAUUGCUGGGUGGCCUUUAACCUGCACCAUGGAACUUGCCCUGCUCUCUGGGAUGCUAAUGACCUCAGGCCUUGGGAGGGGCAAUCUAGUGUGACACCGCCCCCCCCUCAGUUAACAGGUAAAUGGGCUGAGGCCAGGGAUGGGUCUUGUUUGCCCAAGGCCACCAACACAUAUGACAGAACCCACACCAGGGCGCACAACAUGUCUGGCAGCAGGGGGUGGGCUGCCAGGGCUGAAGUCCAUCUUGUCCAGCCUCCAACUCCAGGAGCUGCCUGUGGAGGGGGAGUUCAGACCGGCACCGGUGAGACAGCUGCCCUGGGGCCAGUGAUGGGGUAAUGGUCACCCCUGUUGUGAACACUCCAGUUUUGCAGGGGGAUCUCCCAAUUCCCUGCCUUCCUCCUCCCAGAAAUGGCAGAUGCCAGCCCAAGUAGCUGUGUGACUUCCAGCCCUGAGCUCGCACACAUGCCCAUGUGCUGCCUACUUCUCUGAGCCUCUGGGGUCUCAGUGGUUGACAGAGGGGUGAGAAGGCUGAAUUCUGCCACCUCCACAAGAGCGUUGGGUGCUGGGCCACAGGUGAUGGGGUAAGAUCCCCUGAGUAAGGGUGAGGCCCGGGCUUCCUGUUGUGUGUGGGGUCCUGCCUGAGAUGGGGCGUGGUCGUGGGAGUCCCCUGCAUCUGCAAAGCCACAGUGGCUUUGCCCUGGCACAGAGGUAGGCAGGUGCACCUGGCAGCAGGACUUGGCACAGACCACUCAGAGCUGUGAUGAUGGCGCCCUCUGGAGGCUUCUCUAGGGAAUACACCUUUCCUCGUGGAGCAUCCAUGUCCUGAGCGGGCCCAUGGGCAGGAUACCCUGGCCCCUGCUUGGGUGUCAGCAAACACCUAGGGUUUAAUGUGAGCAUGCCUCCUCGAACAUCUCUGUGCCCUGUGUCCUGCAGCUCCAGUGUGCUAGCGUUGCAUGAUUUUUCUCACUCAUCCUCACGAUUCCCUGAGAAGGUACUGUCCCCAUUUACAAAUAAGCUGAAGAAACAGCUCUGAGAUCCCGUAGCUUCAGCUGCCAGGAUGCAGCUGACCAGGAGUGCCUCACUCGCUGGAAGGGCAUCCUGCCAUGCUUCCUGGGCUCUGCCCCCUUAAGUGGACAGGUGUGCUCCAGGUUGUCUUUCCUGUCCUGCUCGUUACUUCACAUUGCCUGCUGUGUCCUGACAGUCCCUGACUGCCCUGGGGACCCACAGGCCAGCAGGACUGGCAGAGCAUCUACGUUUGGGGCAUAAACUGUUUCAAGGCCACUUACUUUCAGGACCCCUUUCAAACUGUGUUUGACCUGUUGAUGGCGGCGGUGAGUGGAGGCAACUCUGGAAGGGAUGUCCCCACAGUCCCAGCCCCUUUCCUGGUGACAGUUUAAGUAGAAGGCCGUGUGUUGCUCAUUCGAGAGACACCGACUGUCUGCUCCCAGUGGGCGUCAGGCACUGUUCCAGGUGUUGGAUGGACAUGUCACUGAAGAAAACUUUCAAGUCCCUGCCCUCGUGAAGCUGAUGUUCUGCAGGAGGAGGCAGGAAAUAAAUGGAUAAAACAGAGGAAAA